AUGCUGGUGCAAUUUACGGUUAAUGCUACUAACAUUUGCUUGAAUCUGGCAAUUAUGUUAUAUUUCUCAACGGAUAACAUAAAUCGAAUAUUUUACUUCUUUUAUUUAUUUGCUGUGUCCUUGCAAACAUUUCCUGCCUGCUACUAUGGUAGCAAAGUAGAGCACGGCUUCGAGCAGCUUCGUCAUGCAGCUUUCCAAAGCGAUUGGAUACAACAGAACCGAAAUUAUAAGACAUAUAGAUUUUCGAUAAUGGCAUUUUUCCUGAUUUCGGAACAUAUCAAAUUUUUACAUAGACGCAUUUCCAGAAUUGGUCAUUGCAAAAAUAGCCAAAUCGAGAAUGAAAAAGAUUUUCAAAAUUGCAUAAAUGCUCAGCAGUGUCUGUACGAUUGUAAUUAUUUUAGUCUAUGUUAUCACAUCGAAGACAUUGUAGCAUUUCCAUUGUUUCUACAAUUCACGGUCACAGGAAUAACUACUUGCAUGGCAAUGUCUGUUGCACUGUUCUUUGUGGAGGACACCUUCACGCGUUUGUAUUUUGCUUUUUACGUGAUUUGUGUACUAAUGGGUCUUUUUCCGGUCUGCUAUAUGGGCAGUGAGUUGGAGCAUGCCUUUGAACAGUUGCAUUGGUCCAUUUACUACAGUGAUUGGAUCAAUCAAAGUACUGCGUACAAGAAGGACAUGUUGAUUUUUAAUGAACGUGCUCUGAAGCAACGCGCCGUCCUUGCUGGUGGAAUAUUUCGUAUACAUUUACAGACAUUUCUUUCUACCUGUAAAGGUGCCUACUCGAUGUUUGCCGUAGUUCUUCGUUUCAAAAAUGAAUAAAAACUAAGUAGAGCAAACUGUAAAAUAUUCAUAUGAAAAAUAUAUAUAUUUAACAAUGCACAGUAGAGUACAGAAGAGUAGA